ACUACCUACGUUCAGUCGUCCGCCGCUGUCGCCGCCAUCAACACCCGAGCCGCGAAGCGGAAGCAACAGGACGAUGGCGUUCAACGAGACGACGGGCAUCCUGGAGGACCGGCGCCGCUUCGGCGACAGGAGCAGCAGCAUUGAUUCCGCCGAGAAUGCACCCUUUGAUGAUAUGAAACAACUGAUUGGCGACGAGGAGCCCGAAACGACGAGCCUGAAAUGGGCCAGCUUUAAUUACAUCAACUCGGUGCUCGGCAGCGGUGUCAUUGGUAUGCCAUAUGCGCUGCACGAAGCAGGUUUUGGACUGGGAUUACUUCUGCUGUUCCUAGUCGCGUUCAUCACGGAUUAUUCGUUGAUCCUGAUGGUGCGUGCCGGCCAUCUUUGCGGGCGGUACACGUAUCAGGGUAUUAUGGAGGCGGCAUUCGGUCGACCAGGAUAUAUUUUACUCAGUAUUCUGCAAUUUGUGUAUCCGUUUAUCGCUAUGGUGUCGUACAAUGUGAUUGUCGGCGAUACUGUAACCAAAGUAAUAGUGCGAAUCACCGGCUGUGAAGUGGACGAUCUCAUCGCACGGCGUGAGUUUGUCGUGUUUGUUGCGACGCUCCUCAUCACCAUCCCGCUGUGUUUAUACAGGGACAUUGCUAAACUCGCCAAGAUCUCGUUUAUCAGCCUGUUGUGUUUAGCGUUUAUUAUGUUUUCGGUUUUUGUACGUGUUGGACCCAUGAAGGAGAUUGUGCCAAGUCAUUCGGAUAACUGGCGUUUUGCCAACUGGGACAUCAUUCCAGCGAUUGGAAUAAUGGCGUUUGCGUUUAUGUGCCAUCACAACACGUUUCUGUUGUACACGUCUAUUGACGAAGCGUCGCAGAAGAAGUGGGAUCGUGUUACGCAUGUCUCCAUUUCAACGUCCGCCAUUGUAGCGUUUUUGUUUGGUAUAUCAGGUUAUGCAACUUUUGCAGCAUAUUCACAAGGUGAUUUAUUAGAAAAUUAUUGUUUCGACGAUGAUUUGAUGAACUUCUGCCGGAUUUUAUUCAGCAUCCAGAUACUCCUCACCUUCCCAAUUGAAUGUUUUGUCAGUCGCGAGGUGUUGGAACUCACAGUCUUCCGGCGCGAUGACAUCAAUGUCCCCAUCUCUGAACGCGCGCAUUAUUUAAUCACAUUGGCGAUUAUUGGUGCAUCGUACAUUAUAUCUAUGGCGACUGAUUGUCUUGGAGUUGUUCUAGAAUUAAAUGGUGUGCUUGCGGCCGUCCCACUGGCAUACCUCCUCCCAGCCGGCGUGUACCUGCGUCUCGAAGAGGGUAGCCUACUCUCGCGAAAGAAACUUCCGGCUUUAUGCGUGUGCAUCUUCGGAUUAAUGGUCGCCACACUCGGCACACUCUUCCUCUUCUGGGACUUCGACGAGAUAGACACCUGCAGCCAUGGUCAGGCCAUGUUUUACUGUGAGAAUCGCACGCACACAUCGACCACACUCGUUGAUUUCCAUUAGACACACCAGAUGGCGCUUACAGAGAGGUUAUACGAAUGCAAUGGCAGCUUUAAGAGGCGUUUUACCACUAUUUGACGUUCGCAGUGGACACAAUUCGAAACACAAUGACUGAUUGAGCCGGUUACAAUCAAAAUUCGCAGAGAUUUUAUUUAUAUUCAUUGUUUAUUGUUGAUUUUUAGCAGGUAAACAUGUAUUUAUUGCUAAUUCUUCCUUCCAUUGUGUUUACCAGCUGAAAAUUGACAGCAAAACAAUCGCCAAAUGAGUCAAAACAAUGAAUUCAUACAACAGAACAAACACGAAACACGCAACGAACAAAUGACAGCCAUCAUUUGUUUGUUACAAAAUAUAUUCCUAUAUACUUCUAUAAUUAACCUAAAAAACGACCACUAAAUGAAUUUUAACGAUGUUAAAAGUAUUUAAAAGAUGUUUUCAACUGAUACAGAGUAUAAAGUAUUAAAUAAGCGCCACCAGCGUGUCAAAUGACAACUAAUUCACGAUUUGACAUGCGUGUGACGCUUGCUAAACGAAACUAAACGAUUGUCGGGCGUUGAGCAAAGAUUGUAUUUUAAAAAUUGUAUUUUUCUAUACCUAUAUUACUCUUAAACCUAGCGCGUGUGCUGUACUUGAAGAUUUGAAGAUUUUACGAUUGUUGUUACUUGUAAACACUCGUUGUAUGUACUGUACAUAAGUUUACUGCGUGUAUUUGGAUAUCUCUCUUGCACUACAAACAAUCUUUAUGCGGGCACACUUGAAACUUACGAGCUUCUCAAACCAGAAACAUCAAUAUUAAUGCAACAAACGAAUAAAAGUCGACAUUAUUUA